ACGAACGAAAUUAAAUGGAUUUACAUAUGCUUAUAUAUUGCAGAAGAUCCUGCUGAUAUAAAUAACUUCAGCUCCUCCCAGUUUUUUUAGUUGUCACACAGGUAAGGAAAUCGACGGAUUUGAAUCUUCUGCACUGCAUAAGAAGAAUGGCAGUCCAUCACUCCCUCGAGGUCGCUGACGGUUCAGUGGACGACGAUGGGCAUUUGCGGAGAACCGGAACCUUAUGGAGUUGCAUUGCUCAUAUCAUCACCGCGGUCAUUGGCUCCGGAGUCCUGUCCCUCGCUUGGAGUACAGCACAGUUGGGGUGGAUAGCUGGGCCGGUGUGCUUGCUUUGUUUCGCGAUAGUCACCUACAUUUCCGCUUUCCUUCUGUCCGAUUGUUACCGGACACCCGACCCUGUAAAAGGGACGCGGAACUAUUCUUACAUGGAGGCAGUUAGAGUAUUUCUUGGUACGAAAAGGAUGUUGGUGUGUGGUUUGCUUCAGUAUCUGAGCUUGUAUGGCACAGAUAUAGCUUACGUUAUAACUACUGCAACCAGUAUGAGGGCCAUUGGGAAAUCGAAUUGCUAUCACAGAGAAGGGCAAAAUGCUCGGUGUCACUAUGGGAGCAGCUUCUACAUGCUGCUAUUUGGGAUUAUACAGAUCGUAAUGUCACUGAUACCAGACAUCCACAACAUGAAAUGGCUUUCAGUUGUCGCCGCGAUCAUGUCCUUUUGUUAUUCUUCCAUUGGACUAGGACUCGGCUUUGCAAAAGUCAUAGAAAAUGGAAGAAUCGCCGGAGGGAUUGCAGGAGUUCCGGCUGCUAAAGCUGAGAAGAAGUUAUGGAAUGCCUUCGAGGCGCUUGGAGAUAUUGCUUUUGCGUAUCCAUACUCACUCAUUCUUCUUGAGAUACAGGACACUUUGGAGUCCCCUCCACCAGAAAACCAGACGAUGAAGAGGGCCUCCAUGGCCGCAAUCUUCAUAACCACCUUCUUUUAUUUCUGCUGCGGAUGCUUCGGAUAUGCAGCCUUUGGCAAUGGCACGCCGGGGAAUCUCCUGACCGGGAUAGUGAACGGGGAGGGAUUCUUUGAGCCCUUCUGGCUGGUCGACUUUGCGAAUGUGUGCAUUAUUAUCCACUUGGUUGGAGGAUACCAGAUGUACAGUCAGCCCAUAUUUGCAGCAGCAGAGAGAUGGUUCAGCAGCACAUACCCAAAUAGCAGAUUUGUGAACAAAUUCUACACAUUCAGGCUUCCCUUGGUGCCGGCUAUUCGGAUGAAUCUUUUCAGGCUGUGCUUCCGCACGGUAUUUGUCAUAUCCACAACUGGAAUAGCCAUGGUAUUUCCUUACUUCAACUCGGUUCUAGGAGUGUUGGGUGCGAUGAACUUCUGGCCGUUGGCGAUAUAUUUCCCAGUGGAGAUGUACUUUGUGCAAAAGAAAAUCGGAGCUUGGACGAGAAAAUGGGUCAUCCUUAGGAUAUUUAGCUUCGUCUGCUUUCUUGCAACAGUUUUGAGUUUCAUUGGCUCAUUCGAGGCACUUAUCAGUGCCAAACUAAGCUAAGAAACUGUAAUUUUCCUUCCUUAUGGGAAUACAAGAGGGGAGAUCAGAUGAUUAGUUCCCUGUUUUGCUAAGGUGAAAAAGGGAGCACCAAAGUCCUUCA